AUGGCGUCGGAGGAAGGUUCACUGCACGCCCUCGAAAGCCUCAUGACAGAGUUCUUUCACACUUGCACGACCAAUGAGCGCAAGAGAGAAAUAGAGGAGCUACUGAAUAACUUUGCACAGCAAACUGGAGCAUGGCGCCACUGCCUCUUCUUCCUCUCCCACACGCGGAACGAGUACGUCAUGAUGUACAGCCUCACAGUAUUUGAAAACUUGGUGAACAGGAUGUGGAUUGGUGUCGCCUCUCAAGACAAGAUGGAGAUUCGAAGCUGUCUGCCCAAACUUCUUCUAGCUCAGCACAAAAAUGUCCCCUAUUUCAUCCGGAACAAACUCUGUAAAGUUAUUGUAGACAUCGGACGCCAGGACUGGCCAAUGUUUUACCAUGACUUUUUCACGAGCACAUUGCAGCUAAUCCAAAGCCCAGUGUUGGCUCAGUUAGGGUUAAUUAUGCUCAAAACCACUUCAGAGGAGCUCGCCUGUCCCAGAGAGGACCUUAGUGUUGCCCGAAAAGACGAGCUGCGGAAACUGCUGAUGGAGCAGGUGCCCACUGUGCUCGGGCUCCUAACAGGUAUCCUUGAAACCUACUGGGACAAGCACAGCAUUACUGCAUCCACUCCACCACCAUCGCCAACCUCAGGAGAAAGCGUGGAAUUGGUUGGGAACUUAUUUCAGGGAAGCCAAUACUCAAAGUUGCUGUGUCAGCCCAUGGCCACACUGGACAACGACAGUCACCAGCUCUGUUGCCUGGUCUUAGAAUCUUUAGCUCAUCUUUUUAGCUGGAUCCCAUUGUCCACAAGUAUAACGCCCACACUCCUCGCUUCCAUCUUUCACUUUGCACGCUUCGGUUGCGACUUCCGGACAAAAGCCAAAACGGGCUCCUUCAUUUCCAACUCCUCCUCCUCAAACGGACAGCUUCAAAUCACCACAUCCAACGGGGGCGGCCGCAACGGACAGCAAACGGAGAUGACAAAGAUGGACCGCGCUCGACUCGGAGUCCUUGCCAUGACCUGUGUCAAUGAACUGGUGUCAAAGAACUGCGUGCCAAUGCAUUUCGAGGAGUAUCUCUUGAGGAUGUUCCAGCAGACCUUCUUUCUCCUACAAAGGCUGACGCGAGAGAACAACGCUCACACCGUCAAGGGCCGCCUCCAAGAACUGGACGAAAGUUACUUGGAGAAGUUCACAGACUUUCUGCGCCUGUUUGUCAGUGUUCAUUUAAGGCGCAUAGAGUCCAGUCCACAGUUUCCUAUUGUGGAGUUCCUGGGUCUGCUUUUCAAAUACACCUUUAACCAGCCCACACACGAAGGAUACUUUGCCUGUCUGGAUAUAUGGAGUAUCUUUCUCGAUUACUUGACAACAAAAAUUAAAAGCAGGCUGGCGGACCGAGACAGUGUGCUGAAUAGUUACAAAGACGCCUUGGUUCUUCUUCUACGGGAAGUUCUCAACCGCAUACAGUUCAGGUAUAACCAGGCCCAGUUGGAGGAGCUGGACGACGAGACGCUGGAUGAUGAUCUACAGACUGAGUGGCAAAAGUAUUUGCGUCAGAGUUUGGAGGUUGUUGCCAAAGUGAUGGAGCUGCUGCCAUCACAUGCCUUUACUACACUGUUUCCAGUUCUUCAAGAAAAUCUGGAUGUUUAUUUGGGUUUGCAGCAGUUUAUUGUAACCACUGGUACAAGUCGGAGGCUGAACAUCAGUGCAGAGAACGACUGCCGCCGCCUGCACUGCUCUCUCAGGGACCUCAGCUCUCUGCUCCAGGCCGUGGGCCGUCUGGCAGAGCACUUCAUCGGUGACGUGUUUGCAGCUCGCUUCAAUGACGCUUUGGCAGUCGUGGAGAGAUUGGUUGAAGUGACCUGCUAUGGUUCUCAGACGAGCCUCUACGACCUGGAGACCGCUGUGCCUUCUGUGUUAAAACCAGACCUCACUGAUGUACACGCACAGGCCCUGGCUGCGCUACAGGCCUACUCCCAUUGGCUCGCACAGUUUUACAGCAUGGUCCAUGGCCAGAACCAGAGCCAGUUCAUCAAUCUCAUCACGUCUGCUAUCGAUGCCUGUAGCCCUCUCAUCACCGCAAAGGUACCUGAAAAACUGCUGCUGUCGUCGUGCCAUCUGAUGGUGUCCCUGACCUCCACAGUACGGCCUGUGUUUCUGGUGACACUGCCAGCGGUCCAGAACAUCUUCAACCUCAUCACUGAUAACCAGGCUCGCCGCCUGCCUCAGGAGGCUCAUAUGUUGGUGUGCCGAGCUCUGUCCAACAUGUUCCUGCUGCCGUGGCCAAACUUACCUGAGAGUGAGCAGCAGUGGCAGUCACGCUCCGGUAACCAUUGUAGCCUGCUCACCACUCUUACCAGAGAAUACCGAGUCUUACGAGGCACUGUGAAUGUUCCCCCGCCCCAACCCGCUCUAGAUAAUGUGAAAGCAGUGAUACAGCAGACCUUGCCCGUGCUGAGGGACAUUGUGGAUAGCAUAUCCGGGGAAUCCACCAAAUCUCGCCAAAUCUGCUACCAGAGUCUGCAAGAGUCUGUCCAAGUGUCGCUGAGCCUUUUUCCAGUUUUCAUUCAACAACCAGACGUCACCGAUGAAAUGCUGGCCUUCUUCCUGACCCUGUUCCAGGCGCUCAGGGUGCAGAUGGGUGUUGCUUUCACCGGGCAGAUCAUACACACGUUUCUCAGCAUGUUCACCAGGGAGCAGCUGGUGGCCAGUAUCCAGCAGGACGGCAGCGCUGGGUGCAGAGUGGUCCAGAAGUUCUUGAAGAUCCUCCAGGUGGUGGUUCAAGAACACGGCCAGGCCUUCAAACCCUUCCUCCCCAGCAUCCUCUCCCUGUGCAUGGAGCAGGUGUACCCAGUGGUGGCGGAGCGUUCAUCCCCUGACGUCAAAGCAGAGAUGUUCGAGUUGCUUUACCAAAUACUUCACCAAAACUGGAAAUAUUUCUUUAAAACAUCUGUUUUAACGACUGUCCAAAAGGGGGUCUCUGAGGAUGUGAUGGAGAACGAGGCCCAGUUCACGGCUGCCAUGCAGGCGUUCGGACAGUCCUUCCUGCAGCCGGACAUCCACAUUUUUAAACAGAACCUUUGCUAUUUGGAGUCUCUGAACAGCAAGCACAAGCUGUAUCACAGAAAGCUUUUCAGGACCUCCAUGCUGUUCCACUUCAUUAACGUGCUGCUGCAGGUUCUUCUGCACAAAAGCCACGACCUUCUUUUGGAGGAAAUUACACUGGCCAUCUACAACAUGGCCUCCGUAGACUUCGAUGCCUUCUACUCUGCCUUCAUGCCAGAGUUUCUCAAUGGCUGUCAAGGAGUGGACAGCAACCAGCGAGCUGUUCUGGCUCGCAAUUUUAAACUUGAGCGUGACCUUCCCUCUUUUACACAAAGUGUUCAGCGCUUGGUGAACGACCUCCGCUACUACAGACUCUGCAACAGUAGUUUGCCCACGGGCACCAUCAAGCUAUAG